AUGUCAACAUUUACAACUCCGUUUAGGCGGGGCAAUGCCAAGGUGGUUUCAGAGCAUGGGAGUGCGGAGGUCGGCCAGGUGUCUAGCUCGGGGGACGAGGAGAGCUACUCGGCCAUGCCUGGCGGGAGACGUGGUUCCCGUGGAAAAGGAGAGGUUACGGAAGGUCAGAAACCAGCAGUCGAAAAAAAUCCGGUGGCAAAUUCAGCAGCAGAAUGCCCAGAGGGAUAUUCUAUCCCUGACUACCAAGAGAUUUAUGCAAAGCUCAAGGAUGUUAUAGUGGAGGUUCGACCGAGCUUGCAAAAUAUGUAUGGCAAGACGGAAAUGGAAUUGAAUGAAAGGCUAGAGGUGCCAAUUAAAAGGGGAGAGGAAAUGGCGAGAAAGUUGAUUAAGGAUAUGGGAUGCAGUCGUGAGGUUGCAAAAGAGCUCACUGUGAUAACGCUUUAUGAUGUAGCCAUCUUAAUCGAUGACUCCGACUCUAUGAUUGACGAGGAAGGGGGCAAGAGGAAGGAAACCUUAGUAAAAUAUAUCGACAACAUCACAGAAAUCUAUUCGAUGGCAAAGAAAUCGGGAAUCCUUGCUAUGCGCUUCAUGAACGGUCCCGGAGGGAAAAAGGACUGGACCGGGGAGUCGUCGCAAGAAUACCUGAGUCAGCACAUAUAUGGAGGAGUGACAAGGAUAGGAACGGAACUUAAGAGAAAGAUUCUGGAUGUAUUUGCAACUAAAAAUCAGAACCAGGUCAGGCCAUUAUUAGUCCUAAUUGUUACCGAUGGCAUGGUUGAGGGCGAGAAGAAAGGCCUUCUGAAAAAGGUUAUUCGAGACUGCGUGAAUGAGCGUGAAAAAGCAGGCAAAGGGUUCGACGCUGUAUCAUUCCAAUUCUCACGCAUCGGAAACGAUUACGGUGCAGAAGAGCUAUUGACGGGAUUAGAGAACGAUAGUGACCUCGGGAAGUUCGUUGAUGUGUUGCCAAUUGAAUUCGAUAUAGAAAACCAGCUAGAUAAGUGGUUUGUGGUACCAAAGAUCUUGCUUGGCGCAAUUUUACCUAAUUGGGGAGGGGGGAGUGAGCACGAUAUUGUCAAGCAAAAAAACUACCUCGCGGAGAAGGAGGAGGAGGAUGUUGAGGAUGAUGAUUGGGCUGAAUGAAAUAAUACCCGAGUUAGGUAUUUGAUGUGGUUGGCAUCUUGGGUGAGAUGUUUUUCUAUUUGAAUUAAGCGGGCGCGGUGUGGUUUGGUUGUCAGCCCUUUCCGUGGUAUAUUUUUCCCCAUUUAUAUAAGGGUGGUUGUUCUGGGGAGCAUGGGGGUCUCCGAAUGGGCACUCAUCAGUUACUAUUUUGUAUAGGUGUCAGGAUAUGGGCUGAAGAGCGCAUUCAAAAGGUUAGGUUUUUUUUUUUGGACCUGGAGUGCGAACUUUCUGAUAGCGAUUUUCCUGAUAUAGUGCAAGCAAAUAUAGCGAGGAUGGUUGUUCCGGCCACCCUGCUUUCUUUUUU